GGUACGCAUAUAUGUUACGCUAAUUGCCAAUAACAUAUAAAAAAACAUUUGGUGAAUAGCAAAGUAGUGAUCGCUUUAUUAUUUCUAAAGAAAACUUUUCAGUGGGGUGUGCUGUGCUUUAGUGUCGUUCAGUCGUCAAUGGGAUAGUGUUACGCAGUUCGUUCAAUCGAAAUACGGUAGGCGUGCGGUGCGUUGUGAAGUGAAACAAGCCAUGCUGCAACCGUCAAGCGUCAAGGUCCGCGCAAGAGUAGUGCAAGUCACCUAAAUGGAGCGCUAUCUGGCGAGGGCCCAUGCUCGGGCCAUCAUGUCGGCAUCAUUUGCCACCCAUAUAACCAUUUUGGCCAGCGUUUGGAUAUGCACAAACGCUGACGAAACGAUACCAUUACCAUAUCCCCGACCGGCUAAUGGUACGGUGGAGUCAGCAGACACCCGUUCCGCCAUCGGCCGCGUGCCUCCGUACCAACCACCUGCCGGCGUGUCCGGGCCCAUUCCGGUGCCCGGCUUCCGCCCCCAUAGCCCUUACACCAGAGUUGACUCUUGGCACCCCAAUGGUCGCAUACACAUAAACCCUAAGGGGUCCUACGUUGUUGCCGAAGAUGACGACGAUGUAGAUGACGGAGGCUGCCACAUACCAUGCUCCAAAGAAUUUUUCUCAUGCCAGGCCUCUUGCAAAUGCAUCCCAAUGGAAAAUCGCUGCGACGGAAAAGUGGAGUGUGUUAACGCCGAAGAUGAAGCAGGCUGCACGCCAACUUGCGACGAACACGAGAACCGCACCAUCUGCCACAGCACGAGCGUUUGCAUUGCACUCGACUGGAUCUGCGACGGAGACAAUGACUGUGGAGAUUUCUCCGACGAAACUCAUUGUGGUACUUCGGCAAAUUGCACAUCGGAUCAGUUUCAAUGCGCUAACGGACUCUGCAUACACAAGGACUGGAUGUGCGAUGGCGACAAUGACUGCCGGGACAACUCCGAUGAGAACCACUGCCCCAAGGGGAAAUGCCGCGAUAACCAAUUUACCUGCGGGUCUGGUGAGUGCUUAGCACUUCACUGGCGAUGUGAUAAGGAGGCCGACUGUCCCGACAACUCGGACGAAGAUGAAUGUCCUAUAGAUCUUCUACAAUGCGGUGAGAAUGAAAUCCAAUGCAAUAAUAAAAAGUGCGUGCGUAAAGAUUUUCAAUGCGACGGAGAUAAUGACUGCGGUGACUGGACUGAUGAAGAUUCUUGUCCUAUUAUACCUGGCAGUUGUAAUUCUGCUGAAUUCAAGUGCAGCGAUGGUAAAUGUAUUCCCGAACGCUGGCACUGUGAUAUGGAGCGCGACUGUGCGGAUGGUGAUGACGAGACAAAUUGUGAUUCCCACGGUAUGAGGAACUGUACCACUGACGAGUAUACCUGCGCUGACAAACGAUGCAUCUCGAAAACAUGGCUCUGCGAUGGAGUUCGCGACUGCACCAAUGGCGAAGAUGAAUUGGACUGCAAGAUAUUUUGCGAAAUGGAUCAGUACAUGUGCAAGUCGAUCUUCAGCGACGCAUUUAGGAAUUGUGUCAAUAGAAAACACGUGUGUGAUGGCAUGAACGACUGCCCUCAAGGAGAUGAUGAAGAGAAAUGUCCUGUCAAGAGGAAAUGUGGAAAAGAUGACAAAUGCGAACAACACUGUAUUACUACUUUCGAUGGUUUGCCCUCUUGUUCUUGUCCACUGGGUUACUUAUUAGCUGAGGACGGCUACAGUUGCAAAGACAUCGACGAGUGCAUGUACGAGCAAGACCCAGUAUGUUCUCAAACAUGUUCCAACUCCCAAGGCAGUUUUUAUUGUGGUUGUAUGACGGGUUACGUUCUUAGACCUGACGGUAGAUCUUGUAAGGCUGUGGGAGAAUCACCGACGCUUCUAUUUUCUAAUCGUAUUGGAAUACGUCAGGUUUGGUUUACUGGAGAUAACUACAUGUCAAUUGUAAAGGGACUGCAUAAUGCAGUGGCGUUAGAUUACCAUUAUGAGAGAAAAUUGGUAUUCUGGACUGAGAAUAAUAUGAGAGUCAUAAGGGUCACACAGUUGGAUAGCAAUAACAUGUCAGAUGUAAUACGAUGGGGCUUAGAGACACCAGGUGGUGUUGCAGUAGAUUGGAUUCACGAUUUGCUAUUUUGGACCGAUUCAGGAACCAGAAGGGUAGAAGUUGCAACAUUAGAUGGAUCUCAGAGAGCUGUUCUGGCGGCGAGUGAUGUGGACAAGCCAAGAGCUGUUGCUGUCCAUCCAGGCGAUGCCUUGGUGUUUUGGACGGACUGGGGUCCUAAUCCGAAGAUUGAGCGUUCAGAUAUGGAUGGAACGAAUCGGAAAAGCGUUAUUGUCGAUCGCAUAUUUUGGCCGAACGGUUUAACUAUCGAUUAUAUGGAUUCCAAGAUAUACUGGGCCGAUGCUAAGCACCAUGUUAUUGAAAGGGCAACAUUUGAUGGCCGCGACAGGAAAAGAAUAACAAACAAAGGUCUACCACACCCAUUCGCCUUGACGCUGUUUGAAGAUGCAAUAUAUUGGACUGACUGGCACACCAAAAGCAUAUCAACGGUUAACAAGAAGACUGGCAUGGGUAUACAAACUGUUCACGCUAGCCUACACGUUCCAAUGGAUAUACGAAGCUUCCACCCACUACGCCAACUUCGCACGUACAAGAAUAGAUGCGGUGCUAACAAUGGUGGAUGCACACACUUGUGCUUACCCAAUUCAAGUGGAUAUUCAUGCCGCUGCCCCGUUGGAUUUAACCUCAAUAGCGAUGGUCGAUCGUGCGAACAAACGCCAGAAAAGCUGUUGCUUUAUGCUCGACGCAAGGACAUAAGACUGAAGCAACUCAAUCCGCGGAAACAAAUGGAGUCUUUGGAUAUGGUAAUUCCUGUAGAGAAUAUCAAAUCGGCCGUAGCACUCGACUGGGAUCACAAUAGCAACUCAAUAUUUUGGACAGACGUAGAAAAAGACACUAUCAAUAAAGCUUACUUGAACGGAUCUCAUCAGACUGUUAUUGUUGGAUCAAAUUUAAUUUCACCAGCUGGUCUGGCGUAUGAUUGGCUAACAAACAAGUUGUAUUGGACGGACGCCGGUACCAACAGGAUUGAAGUUGCAAAUGCUAAUGGCACUAUGAGGACCUUGUUAGCUUGGGAGAACAUAGAUAAACCCAGGGAUAUUGUACUUGAUCCUAAAGGUGGUGUUAUGUACUGGUCCGAUUGGGGUUCCGCACCAUGUAUUGAGCGUGCUGACAUGGAUGGGGGGAACCGCAAACGUCUCAUCUUUGGUGAUAUGACUUGGCCUAAUGGUCUUGCUCUCGAUUUGGUCAAUAACCGUAUCUAUUGGACGGACGGUGGCAAUCGCACUAUCGAAUACGCUAAUCUUGACGGCACGGGACGAAAUGUUUUAAUAGGUCAACAUCUCCCACAUCCUUUUGGACUCGAUUUAUAUGGAGAGGAAGUAUUUUGGACCGACUGGGAUACGCAAUCAAUUCAAGCUGCCAAUAAGUUUACCGGUAGAAAUCGUCGCACCCUGGGUGCGGGAGUUGAAGGUCUAAUGGAUGUCAGGGUGUUCCAUAAAGAAAGACGAGGAGGCUCAAAUAGAUGCAGUAAGAACAAUGGUGGAUGCUCUCACCUGUGUCUUCUUAAACCAGAAGGACGUUCAUGCGCUUGCCCAAUCGGAAUAAAACUAAGUAAGGAUGGUAGGACUUGCACAAAUGGUCCUAUUAACUUUUUGAUAUUUGCGCAUCGCCUAGAUAUACGAAUCGUAUCGCUAGAUGUACCAUACUUAGUGGAUGUUGUUUUACCACUGCCGUCGUUAAAGAACGCACUAGGAGUAGACGUCGACCAAAAAACAGGUCUCAUUUAUUGGACUGAUACUGGAGAGCGGAAAAUCAAACGUGCUAAUAAAGAGGGUAAAGAAAACAAAACCAUUAUUGGACGUGGCCUUCAUACUGCUGAUGGAAUUGCUAUAGACUCUGCAGGAAGAAAGAUUUAUUGGACAGACGGUGGUAGAAACAGUAUUGAAGUUGCAGAAUUAGACGGGAAGAAUAGAAAAGUUCUUGUAUGGACUGGUUUAGAUUCCCCCAGAGCUAUAGCUUUGCAUUACGAAAAUGGUUAUAUGUUUUGGUCCGAUUGGGGAACCUCAGCGAAAAUUGAGAGAGCAGACAUGGAUGGUAAUAAUAGACGAAUCAUUGUCGAAAACAACAUUAAAUGGCCCAACGGACUCGCUAUUGAUCGAAUCGAAGGACGCCUUUAUUGGAACGACGCUAAAAUGUACACAAUCGAAAGCUCUGAUUUCAACGGCAACGAUCGACGCACACUUCUUACCCAAGUCCCAUAUCCUUACGGCAUUGUUAUAGUUGGACAACAUAUCUAUUGGACUGAUUGGAAGACAAAAGCACUUCAUAGAGCUGAUAAGUCUAAUGGAAAGGAACAACUGACGAUUAGAGAGAAUCUCGAAGGACUUAUGGAUAUAAGAGCCAUUCAGGGUGAUCAUGUGCUAGAAAACGCAUGUGGGACAAAUAACGGCGGAUGUACCCAUCUCUGUCUUAGAUCACCCCAUGGUUUUACAUGCGCAUGCCCCACUGGCUUAUUGUUCGAAAACGAAACGGAAAUAAAUCCUAAAAUCUGCAAACAACAUCCUGAUAACUUCCUAGUUUUUGCUGCCAGGGGCAAUAUUGCUCUCAUAUCUCUGGAUACACCCGAGCAGUGGGAUACAACACUUCCAGUUAAGGAUAUUCAAAAUUCCGUAGCAGUCGAUUUUCACUGGGAGAAAAGGCUUAUAUUCUUUACAGAUGUUAACAACAAUGAAAUCAGAUCAAUCAACAUGGAAAACAUGUGUGAAACUAAAGUGAUAGUAAACACUGGCCUCGAUACGCCAAAUGGUCUAGGUGUAGAUUGGAUUGCAAAUAACAUUUAUUGGACGGAUAAUGAUUUCAAGGUUGUUGAAGUUGCAAGAUUAGAUGGAUCAUCGAGAAAGACGCUUAUAACUAAUUUGACUGAACCUAGAGCACUAGCUUUGUUCCCCGCUAAAGGAUACUUGUACUGGAGUGAUUGGGGUGAAAGUCCCAACAUUGAACGCGCUGCAUUAGAUGGCAGUCAAAGAAAAAUAAUCGUUAGUCACGAUUUGGGCUUCCCUAAUGGAAUCACCAUUGACUACAAAGACCGAAGGCUUUACUGGACUGACGCUUUGAAAGAUAGGAUUGAUACUUCCGAUUUAAAUGGACAACAUAGAGUGCAACUUGUUCCCGAAGCUAAAAAUCCAUUUGGAAUGACUCAGUUCAACGAGUUCAUAUACUGGACGGACUGGUACAAGAAGUCGGUAAUGCGUGCCGACAAAAGGACGGGUAAAAACGUAACCGCCAUUCGAACCGAUUUGGAAAUGGUAAUGGAAAUAAAAGCCGUAUCAUCGGAGAAGCAACACGGCUGGAAUCCAUGCAAGGAGGACAAUGGAGGAUGUUCCCACCUGUGUCUCUUUAGAGGGCAUGACUACGUCUGCGAUUGCCCUGAUGCCUUUGAUGGUAGAACAUGUUUGUCAAGUCCGAACAUCCGCGUUGGAUUGAGAAUGCCAUCACAUUACCCAUCCUUCUAUGACUACAUGGAUAUCGAUGAAAUCGAGAGCGCUGAAUCGCCUACGCCCACGCACGCACCAACAACAAACGUAGCUGCAGUUAUCGCUGGAGUAGUCAUAGUAACAUUUAUAAUAUGUGCUUUGCUGGUGUUUGCUUUAUUUUUUUUAUUGAAAGCACACAAAGAACGAACAGGAGAGAUGAAGGAGAACUACCGAGAUACCAUCGGCCACAUUUCUUUCCACAAUCCAAACUACAGCUGCACGACUGCACCAGGGGAACCAUUAGAGAGACGUCAAACUCUAUUCCAGGGCAUAUUCAAAUACGACAAAAGCCAGGGUCGCGUCACCAACGUGUAUAUUCCGGAGGGGACCAGUCUGCUCCCGCCGCCCCCUCCACCACCGCACCGCCACCCGCCGAGACCCGCAAACGACGACUUUGAGCCCGUAACCUUGCACCCAUUCGCCUGAGAUCAACCGACGACACGGCAUGCAAGCGGCAGCCACGAUGUAACCAUGAAUUGGAGAACGUUAGGCAUUCAAAGAAAUAAUGGAAUUUGUGAUACAUACUGUUAAAUUCGUAAAGCAUGGUACCAAUUGAGUGCAAGCCUCUCGUUUUCCAAUACAUUUCGAGUUAGUGCUGGUAGCUAGUGGUAGAUGACAUAGAGUAGAUAAACAUCUACUAUUGUUAAGGUUAGAUAACAACAGACUCGAUUAGAGAUAACAUUAAAUCGAAGUUUACAAAAACUAACACCAGUUUUUGUUGCGCUCGAUUGAUAGUUACUUUUGCUUUAAUAACAUUAUUGUAACUUAUCAACCGUAUUAAUUUUAUUAACACAAUGCUGCCAAUUCUGUUUUACAAAAAUCGCUACACAAAACCAAACUGACAAGUCUAUAAUAAGUGUCAUCCAUUAUAUUGUGGUGUUUGUGGAAAAGGAUAGCAUUUUAGUUACGUUUAAGAGAUUUGUGUACCUACAACAGACUCGGCACCAGAGUUUACUUAGUUGCUUUAAUAAUCUACAGGAACAAGUGUUUUUAUUUUAGAUAUGUAAGUAAGGUGUUUUAGUUAUUUUUUGACUCGAGACUUUCCAAGAUAUGUAGAGGGCAUUAAUAUUAUUAUUUACGUCUAUGUGUAGCUGUUACAUGUUCACCUGUGCUAAAUGGCAACUCAACGUUAUUAUUACCUGAAUUAGUGAGCAUCCAGGCAGACAUUGCUAUAAAGAAUCCUUUUUUGACUACGGAACCCGCUGACUCCAUUAAAACCUGAACACAUUGAUCUCAUACACAUCUUAGUGGUGCAUAAAUAAAUGAUAAUUAUGGAAAUGCUAAACUGUUUUUGACGUCAAUUCCAGGAAAUGAGAAACUGUAAAUGUUUUAUUACCCAAUUAUAAUGUAACUUAUUAUAUAAUAUAGAUGUCGUUACAUUGUUACACUGUAAUUCAUUAUCUACUAUCACUAUACUUAAUACAUUUAAUAACAUAUUAUCAUACAAUAUGGUA